CGACUGCCGCUCCGCGCUCUACAAAGGGGAAGCUGCACGGAAACCGAGCGGCCGCCGUUCAAGCACGUCAAACUGAAACUAAAUUCAUGUUUAAAAGUAAGAAAGUGAGGUACGAGACGUGAUUACAACCGUGUUGUGAGGACAAAUAAAUGUCUCGCUGAUCCUUUUAAUCCUAAAAUUUUUCGCGGCAUGCUUCCUCUAUUUGUAAAACCUAAACACCUUGCUUCCCUGAAAUAUACUGCAAAAAAAGCAGGUGAGAUUCUGUGGGCAAUAUGGGCAACGUCAGAGUCUGUCAUUAACGGUACACACGAUACAAAGAAACUCUACAAAACGGUAUUAUUUUACUUCAUUUAUAGUACCUCUCCCCUAACGGAAUGUACCAUUAUAUCUACAGGGGGAGCGCUAACAGCAAUAACAGCAUACGUUUCGUAUUAAACUCUAUAUUAUUGCACGAAAUUAUGUGAAAUUAUUUAUAAAAGAAAAUAUAUUUACAUAUUAUUUAGUGUUUAUAACAGGAAUUUCUGGUCUUGUCUAAGUUUUGGGGACAGAUUCUGCGUUUUUACCUACAACGAGAUUGGAUUUGGUGCAUCCAUGUACGUUUAAACAGAAAGGACACCCGUAGCGACUUCCCGGUGCAAAAAAAAAAAAGAAAAUAAAAAAAAAAGAAAUAAAUACUAAAAGAGUAGCUGGAAGCAGAGGCGAGGGGGGAACGGAGGUGUAAAUACAAAGCGAAAGCUCUCUCGUUCUCUCUCUCUUUUAUCGUUCUAUCUCUCUCGUUUCCAUCUGCAUUUUUCUUUUUGUGUACAUAUGUAUAUGAAAUGAACAACUGAAGAGGGGGGCAACAGAUACACGGGAACGCGCCUCCGCUCCGAUUUUUUUUUUAAUACCCCACCCUCCCCCCCACCCCCCACACCACCACCACCACCACUACCUCGAACUCAUUCCCCGUUACAUGUUCAUACGCGCGCGCAACUGCACCGGGAGCUGACCGCGAGCCGCCGCCGCCGCGCGCAAUCCCGACACCGUCUCUCUCUCUCUUCGCCGCACUCUUCCGGAGGACCGAGUCGCGAGCCUUCGACCGCCCGCCCGGCUGCUGACCAAACGGGUCGCCGUCGACGAUGACAACCCUGGCAAACGGGCAGGCGGAGAGCGCGGCGCACGCAGCGGCCGCCGCGAACGGGCUCGUGAACGGAAUAAGCCACGUCCACGGCCACGGCGCGCCGGGCUGCGCCACCAUUCCCAUGAAGGACCACGACGCCAUCAAGCUGUUCGUCGGCCAGAUUCCGCGCAACCUGGACGAGAAGGACCUCCGGCCGCUCUUCGAGGAGUUCGGCAAGAUCUACGAGCUCACCGUGCUGAAGGACCGAUUCACUGGGAUGCACAAAGGCUGUGCCUUUCUCACAUACUGUGCCAGAGAGUCAGCACUGAAAGCUCAGACGGCCCUGCACGAGCAGAAGACAUUGCCAGGGAUGAACAGGCCGAUCCAGGUGAAACCCGCCGACAGCGAGAGCAGAGGAGAAGACAGAAAGCUGUUUGUGGGCAUGCUGAACAAGCAGCAGUGCGAGGACGACGUGCGACGCUUGUUCGAGGCCUUCGGCAGCAUCGAGGAGUGCACCAUUCUCCGAGGCCCUGAUGGAAACAGCAAAGGCUGUGCUUUUGUAAAGUACUCCUCUCACGCAGAAGCUCAGGCGGCCAUCAGCGCACUCCACGGCAGCCAAACCAUGCCUGGUGCCUCUUCCAGUCUGGUUGUGAAGUUUGCAGACACAGAUAAAGAACGCACCAUUCGGCGCAUGCAGCAGAUGGCUGGUCAGAUGGGCAUCUUCAAUCCUAUGGCCCUGCAGUUUGGAGCGUAUGGAGCCUACGCACAGGUGCAGCAGCAGGCAGCAUUGAUGGCGUCUGUUGGACAAGGAGCAUAUCUCAGUCCCAUGGCUGCAUUCGCAGCUCAGAUGCAGCACAUGGCCACCAUCAACGGCCUCCCAGGAGCUCCCAUGACCCCCACAUCAGGAGGAAGCACGCCCCCUGGUAUUACCGCUCCCACAGUGACCAGCAUCCCCUCUCCAAUCACUGUUAACGGUUUCACAGGACUGCCCCCUCCUCAAGCCAACGGCCAACCGCCCGCCGAGGCCGUGUUUACCAACGGGAUCCACCCAUAUCCAGUGUUGCAGGAGGUGGUUUUUAGGGAAGACUCGGAGAAGGGCGGUUUGGGCGUCGCUCAGCGGAGUUGUUUUGGGGUACAGGGAAGCUGUUUCCUCUCUUCUCUAUCUGACGCCCAAAGUCCCACAGCAGCUGAUCCCCUUCAGCAGGCGUAUGCAGGAGUCCAGCAAUAUGCAGCAGCCUACCCAGCUGCAUAUGGACAGAUCAGCCAGGCCUUUCCUCAGCCACCUCCUAUAAUCCCCCAGCAGCAGAGAGAAGGGCCAGAAGGCUGUAACCUGUUCAUCUACCACCUCCCUCAGGAGUUUGGGGAUGGCGAGCUGAUGCAGAUGUUCCUGCCUUUCGGUAAUGUCAUCUCCUCCAAAGUGUUUGUGGAUCGGGCGACAAACCAAAGUAAAUGCUUUGGCUUUGUGAGCUUCGAUAACCCAGCCAGUGCCCAGGCCGCCAUCCAGUCCAUGAAUGGUUUCCAGAUCGGCAUGAAGAGACUCAAAGUGCAACUCAAAAGGCCAAAGGACGCCAACCGCCCUUAUUAGCCCCGCCCCCUGACGUCCCUCACCCUGGAGGUGAAGGCCACUGUAGCAAUGGGGGAACAACAGGUUUUGUAGAGUGGAAACACAUGUUGACAACAUGACUAACACACAACAGAGACACAAAAAGGACAAGCUGAACGUGGCUGGGGGGGGCGUGGCUGUGAGACUGACCGGUGACGCCACACCGCACGGCACACCAUCACGACAAAAAAAUACAAAAAAGAAAAAAAAAAAAAAAAAGCUCAGUGGACUUUUAGCUCGGUGGAAACUCAGGAGAGCCGCCGGGUUCCGCAACCAUAUCGGACUCCCUUUCUGAGUCUCCACAGCCUGCCUGAUAGGAACCGAAAAAUAAUCAACGAAUGGAAGAAAAAAAAAGAACAUCGGGGACUCAAUUGAAGAAAAAAAAAACACUUUUGAAAAACUUUUAGUGGGAGGAAGGGAACGAGGGCGGGAACGAGGGAGGGGGGAAUAUUGUGUAAGAAAGGGACUGAAAAACUUUUCUUUUUUUUUAAGAAAUAAAAAAAGAGAACCAUUUUAGAACAAAAGAUUUUUUGGAAGGAUGCGACGCUUCAGGAAACAAGCUCGGUGUGGUUGUGGAUGGCCAUCUUUAUCUCGGAGUGCCUGUCCGUUUCCAGAGGCGAGAGCUGCCCGAAGAACUGCGGCCGCACUCCUCUGGGAGACUCAAUCCGUCAUUCCUUAGUUGUGUAGGGACCAAAAAGACCAAACCUUUUUACUGAUUCAAAACAAAAACAAAAACAAAAAAAACAACAAAAAAAAACAAGAAAGAGACUCGUAGCUGUAACAUACCCAGACCACUGCAUCUCCUUUUGCUGUGCCAAUCGGUUUAAGAGUUGUAUUUACGCAAAAAAAAAAAGAUGUAUACGUAGAAUAUAUAAGAUUAUAUGUAUAAAUGCAUACAUAUAGAUUGCUGAUAUGCUUUUGAAUACUGGCAAAAUCAUAUGGGACGUCCCUAAAGAGGCUUUCGCUAGUUUACAAAUUGGAAAGAAAAUGUUUUUUUUUUUUUUUUCUUUCUCAUUAUUUAUGAUAAAGGGUACAUGGGAAGGGUUGUUCCAUAUCGCAGCCUUACCUUUUUUUUUUUUUUUUUUUUUUUUUUUUAUCUCGACAUCCCUUGACUUUGUAGUUAAAAAAAAAUACACACAUCACAGGUUUGAGAUAUAACGAAACCCGUUUCUAUUUAGCGUACAUUUAAUAUGUAUAUGUAUUUCGAAAGACAAAAAAAGUGUGUGUGUGUGUAUAUAUAUAUAUAUAUAUAUAUAUAUAUAUAUAUAUAUAU